CACACACACACACACACACACAAGCACACACAGACUGAGAAUUGCACAGGUGUUUUCAUGGUUUUUCCCUACCUGUGCAUUUAUAAAGGUGAGACACGGACACGGUCAAGACAGCAGUCACAGCAGCCCGCCACGUACAGCACAACAGCACACCUUCACGCACGCACACACGCACGCACGCAAUGUUGUGGAUAACUUCUUUGCUUCUCUUGCUUUCUCUCCAGACAAUCUCUGGAGUUUUGGUGGAAGAAUUAGGAGACGUGCGCAGGAGUUCACUGGCAUCACCACCGGAGCAAUGCGGCCCUGACUGCCCUGCUGGCGAUAAUGUUAAGGUGGAAAACCCCAAGAAUUGCCACCAGUUUUACAUAUGUGUUGGUGACGACAUUAUUGGGCCCUUGGACUGCCCUGAUGGUCAGUAUUUUGACAGCAACACAAGUGACUGCGUGCCCGAUGGUCCCGAGGAAUGCACGCCUACAUGUGGAGGAGGAGGAGGAGGCGGGGGUAAUAACUGCACUUAUAAAUGUGGUGGUGACACUGCUUACGUGGCAGACAGAUAUGAUUGCUCCACAUACUACACCUGCUCUAAUGGCCUUGUCAUGAACUGUGGCCAGGAGACGCCUUACUUUGACGGAGAGACGUGUCAGACUGAGGAGAAGUACUGCUGUCACUGCAACCCUUACUGCUACACGGGCGACAGGGGGCAGGAAAGUGCUAGACCCCACGGACUGUACUAAAUACUACUAUUGUGAAGAAGAGGAUGAGAUACCUGAGCUCUCCGGCCACUGCUCCAAUGGACACUUCGAUCCCUUUUCUCAUGAGUGUUCCCUUACUGUCCCCUGCUUCACCUUCUGCACCAAUGUUGUCAAACCAGACGGCUGCAUCGACGUGUUUACAUGCAGAGAGGUGGGCUACUUCCCAGCGUGCGUGGACAAGUGCACGCCACAGUACUACCACUGCAGUGCUGGAGACAUCGGCUUAGUCGUGGCCGCCGAACUCUUGUGGUGGAGAAAAUGUGUUUGAUCCCAACGAGAGUUCCUGUGUUAACCCUUCACAGUGUUCCAUUAAAGAGUUCACUUGGUAUUGAGGCACACACACACACACACACACACACACACACACAUACGAAAGAAAUGAACUCAAAAGAUGUACUGUUGCAGGGCUUAAGAGCCAGAAAAUAAUUACAACAAGAAGUCAAUAUAAACGAUAUUUAACAAAAAAAAGAAUCGAAUGUAAUUGUUCACACUGCAAUGGUCUGGAAGAAGUAGAGGAAGUGAUAGAACCAAAGACUGUACUUGUAUACACACACACACACACACACACACACACACACACACACACACGAAGACAUGAUUAGUGUAAACAAACGUGUACAAAAAUAAAUAAUAAAAAUAAUAAUAAAAUGAAUAAACAAAGAGAAGAGAAAAGCAACAGAAGAUGGGAUAAGGUUUCUCCAACAUAUGUUCCCGUGUCCGUGAUGCUUUCAUGGUGAAGAUGACAGACGCUAAAUAAACUCUAUAUAAACUU